UGGAAUAGGCUGCGGAGGUGGAGGAAGAAGCCCUUGUGCGGAGGACCUUUGACAAAAACCGCCAAGACUCCAUUGAAGUGUUUGCCCGCUCCAUUGAAAGAGGGCUCUGUUUCUCUUCACAUAAGACCAGCCUUAUCCGCGUACAUAUCAUACGCACUGUGGAUAAAUGUGUUCCUGCUGCAAUAACACUUGCGAACUUUUGGGUUAAGAAAGAGUAUGAGCUGGUUGAGUACUUGAGGCGGCUGGAUGCUAGGAGCGAGCCUGACAUGUUGAUACUGAGGAACUCUCUGUUUCAGAAGGUUGAUAACAAGAGCUUUAAUGAACUGACAGUUUUCCUCCACCCACUCCAACUGGGAGGAGUUAGGAGUGUCGGCAGGAUUAUGCAGGAGUUCAAUCUUCCAAUCAGUCGUCAAGUAAGAUUGAUUGGCAAGAAGAUUUCGGGAGUGUUCAUGCUGCUCCAGAUUGUGCUCACCACAGAGGGUGAUGAGGAUAUGUGCUCUAAAUUCAAGAUGGUCGUUUCUGUGCUGAGGUUUCUGAGCCGUCUGCGGACAAAUGGCUCCUGUGUCCUCAAGAACAUUCUGCUAGGGGCUGACCGUGCGGAAAGAGAGAUAAUUUCUCUGUUGUCAAAGGUCCCUCCACAUCCUCGUGGCAUCCGUACCACUGAUUGGAAUUCAUUUGGUAUGAACAGAAUUAAUGAUUAUCUGAAGAAAGUUACUAAGCUCGCUGUCUCCUUGGACAUGUCGCUGUCACUGACGUUGAUGCCAUGCCCUCCCUCCAGUGAAUCAUUGAUGGUUAUGAGAGAUGUCAUUGAGUACUAUUCGGAACGUCUAACACAACUUCAACAGAUUUUGUGGGAGGAUAUCAUCCCCUCCUUAAAAGACGAGGACUAUCAGCUCAAGGUGACAUCGAGGAUUGACAAAGAUUUGAUUUCAGUGAUGAAACCCUAUCUGCAGGGUCUGUGGAAGUAAGCAUGCAGGAGGAAGCUACUAAAAUCAAGGCGGCUGGAAAAGCGGCUUGGUUACACAGAGUUAGAUGUUUUCCAAAAGCGGCUUGGUGUUUCCCAGUAAUUUAGUUUUCUGCUAUGAAAAAUCCAAGACGUAAUGUUUUAGACUAUUUUGACAUGUGUAAUGUUUUAGACUAUUUGUGUUGUUUUGUUAGUUUGAGUCAUGGAUGAGAUGUUGCAGGAAAAUGAGUAUGAUACUAUAAUUAGUUGCAUUUUUCCUACUAUCUGUCCAGUCAAGGUUUUCUUAUAAACAGGUCUGGGAUGAGAUUAGUUACAGGUUCUCCAUUUACCAUGAUGACAAUGUUAGUGACUUUGGUUUGCAAACAGGCAUAAUUUUGGGAGUUCUUUAAGUAUUUAUAUUUUCCCCGAUUGUUUGUGUUUCUAUUUGAUUGGUAUGGGUUUAACGUGUAUUCAUAUUUGCACUCCCUUGUUUGGUUCAAGGGAACUUGAAAGGUUUAAGAAUUUGUUUGUUUUACCAUUUUCUUUUAGCUUCAUGCCUUUUGUUUUAGUAUGAACAUGCAGGGGUUCUUUUAGAUUCAUGUCAGAUAUAGAACACGAAAGACAUUCAACUUGCAAUUGGAAUGUGUGUUUUCGAAUCGAUUACAAAUAUCUGGGAGUUGUGUUCUCUUGGUUUUACUAUG